AUGGUUCCAGUUGAUAAAACUUAUAAUCAUUACCAUCGUCAUCAUACACCUCUGAACAAUACUCGUACUCAUCUCUCACAACAACUUUUCGCUAUUGAACGACAAUCAGAAAAUUUUCUCAAUAUACUUCUAGAACGUUCAAGAGGCAGUCGAGAUACAUAUGAUGAGCGACAAAAACUAAUAAGCACAUACAAAGUUGUUAGUAAAACUCAGUGUAUGUUACAAAUGUUAAAUAAUGGUACAGUAAAUGCAAAACAUGUUAAAAAUCUCGAAGAUAGUGAAGAAACACAAUGGGGUGUAUUUAUGUUCAUUCCAGUCGCCGUAAAUCUAUUUCUAAUACAAAGUAAAAAUUCCAAACUUUAUCUAUGUGGUCAACACAACCAAUUAUUUGGCAUGAUUAAUCGUAAUGAAAAACAAUGUGUUUUUGAAAGUAGACGUUCAGACAUUGAUUUUGGACGUUGGGAUUCAUUUCGUUUAUUUUAUGAAGAAUCGUCAAAAGGUUACAUAUCAAUAUCAAACAUUUGUCACACCCGUUUACGAAAAAAAUUUGACAAUGAUAAUUAUUUACAGUUUUUAGCAUUUGUUCGAAUUAAUACGGAUCGCGUACAACCUUCUCUCACUAUUUCUAGUCAACCAGAUAAAAAUAAACUAUUAUUAUCAUCACGUAAUCGAAAUAAUAAUAAUCAUUCCAAAAUAGUUAUCAAUCAUCAUCAUCUAAGAUUUAAACUUCCUAUUCACACAACAACAACGAGUACUAGUACAGUCAUUACUACUACUCCUACUACUACUACUACUACUACUACCACCAUUAUAACUACUCGAUUAAUGACAAAACAAUAUUUUCACUUUCAAAGAACUAUGUAUCAGCCGUAUCAUUAUCCACCACAAUACCAACGACCUAACGGCUCAGCAUUAAUUGUACAUGUUGAUAGUGCAACAACAAUACAUACUCCCUAUCGUCGAUAUAUUCAUAGGAGAAAUUCUACUCGUAAAAAUAUUCGUUUAUCAUAA